AUGGAAAUGUUUGAAACACAAAUAUGCAGGUUCUGCAGCAAGCAAGGCUUUAUUUUCUGUGAUGUAAAUCAUGAGGCAAUACAAAAGUUCUCAAAUUUCAUUCCAAAUCUGAUAAACAUCAAUGACGAAUCACUGCUACAUAUAUCAAAAGUAUGUACAACAUGCUAUCAAACAGUCAAAAAUAUUGUGUAUAACUUAGAAAACAUAAGAGACACGCAGAAAAUCCUUAAAAUUGAAAAUUUGAUGCGUCCAAAAGUUAAGGAAGAACAGAAGUUAAUUUUUGAGGAUAUAGCUAAGAAAUACACAAAUUUGAAUGUGAAGAAGAUUCAAGUAAGUCCGUCAACAUCAGCACAGGCUGUAAAAGCAGAACAGGAAAAACCCAAAAGUGAAGAAUCACCACCAAAGAAGUUGUUGCUUCAAGCACAGCCAACACAGAAGCUAGUCAUUAUUGAGGCAAUUCCAGAAUCUAGUCCAGAAACAUCAACAAAGAAUAAUCGUUCAUUUAUGUGCAUAACAUGUAGCCAGAAAUUCCAUAAUUAUGAACAGAUGCAAGUUCAUCUUAAAUCCUGCCAAAUAUCAUCCAGCAAUCUUAAGUGCUUUUGUGGCAAAGUGCUCAGAUCAAAAAAAGAACUUGGUAUUCAUGUCUUCACACAGCAUAAGCAGCACAAACAGAAUCAUGUCUGUAAAAUCUGCAAUAAGCUAUUCACAACAAUGACUAGUCUCAAUAAUCACAUGUCUAUGAUGCAUAAUGGAUCAAAAUUGACAUCCAAAGGAACCUUGAUGUGCCACUAUUGUAAAGGGAAGUUCCUUGAUCUUGAUGCAUUAGAAAAACAUCGCAAAGACGAAUGCUGUGGAAGAAAAGUGAACGAAAUGUGA